GUUCAUUUCCACGAAACUUGCUUCAUAUAGGGACUGCUGGACUGGACCUAUAAAACACCAAAGUCUCUCCCCCUUGGGAUCUAUCACUCACAAGCCACAACUUUGAUUCCCUGUGAUUUCUGCAAUCUACAAAAUUCACUAUGGGAGUCACAACCUUUACUCAGGAGUAUUCAUCCUCUGUUGCACCAUCACGCAUGUUCAAGGCCUUGAUCAUAGACUCAAGAAAUUUGCUUCCGAAGCUCUUGCCACAGUUUGUAAAAGAUGUCAAUGUAAUCCAAGGAGAUGGAGAAGCUGGAAGCAUUGAACAAAUUAACUUCAAUGAAGCUAGCCCCUUCAAAUAUCUGAAACACAGGAUUGAUGUGCUUGAUAAGGACAACUUGGUUUGCAAAUACACUAUGAUUGAAGGGGAUCCAUUAGGCGACAAGCUUGAGUCUAUAGAAUAUGAGGUAAAGUUUGAGGCCACUAAUGAUGGAGGUUGCUUCUGUAAGAUGACAAACAAUUACAAGACCAUUGGCGAGUUUGAUGUUAAAGAGGAAGAGAUUAAGGAAGGAAGGGAAAGCACCAUUGGAAUUUACAGAGUUGUGGAGUCUUACCUGCUGGAGAACCCCCAAGUCUAUGCUUAAUUAUUUAUUUAUUGUGUCAUGUAUCAUAGACGAUAUACAAACUUAUUCAAUUUUUUAAUAGCAGUGUGCAAUUAAACAUAGGGACAUUUAGAAUGGUUGCAAAGAGUUGAAUUCCUCAAUAAGUCCUUAUUUAUAGCAUGUACGGCCAUAAAGGGCCAGUGGUUUGGCAAAAAUAUUUGUACUUUGGUAGUAACAAAGAGUAGAAGAUUUGAA